GAAAAGAGGUCAAAAAAUGGUGUCUUUAAGUUUUAGUUCCUUUAUGCUUGUUAUGCUACUCUUCAUUUUUCUUACCAUAAAGGAUACAAUUGCUCAUACUGACGAUCAAGCUAAACAAAUAGUCCAUGAGGCUGAAAUUGACAACAUCAGGGAUCUAAGGAGUCAUCUGAGUGUGAAGAAGGAAGUUUUAGAUGGUGUACCGGCAGCUGCUGAAUUCAGUAAUGUAAAAAUGGGAGGAAGAAAAAUGAUGAUUGAGAAAAAGGAAGACAUGAAGGAAGUGAAGAAAGCUGAAUCAUCAGGAAACUACAAUAGUCCAUCCAAUAGGCCGCUUGGUGACUCACGAAAGAACGUACAUCAUCAGGGGGAUGAGAGGGAAAAUUCGAUGAUGAAUUCAGCAAGAAGACUCAACUCGAAGAAGUCAUCCACUAAAUUAGUUUCAACAGAUGAUCAGUUUGAUGAUAAUGGAUCAUUUCAGAAGCUUGAAUCAGAGAAACUUGUGGACGAUUCGACUGAGUUUUUCACCAUGAUGAACAAAGACUAUGUUGGAGGUCCAAGAUCUGGAAGCAAACCCCAUCACAAACCCCCAAUCAACAAUUUCCAGCCUCUCCACACAUCACAUCCUUAA